GACUAGCUGAAAAUGACACAGCAAAUGCAUAACUUAAGUCUCCUCCAGACUAAAAAGAACAGUGUGCCAUCCUCUCCCAACGCUGCCAAACGGCUCUAUCGGAACCUCUCGGAGAAGCUGAAGGGGACCCACACGUCCUUUGACGAAGCGUAUUUCAGAGCUCGGUCAGACAGGCUCAGUCUGCGUAAGACCUCAAUGAAUUUCCAGUGCAAUGAAGCUAUGUUUGAAGCUGUAGAGCAGCAAGAUCUGGAUGCUGUUCAGAUUCUUCUUUAUCAAUACACACUGGAGGAACUGGACCUGAACACACCAAACAGUGAGGGACUGACUCCUUUGGAUAUUGCUAUCUUGACAAACAAUGUCCCUAUUGCUAGGACCCUUCUGCAUGUUGGGGCAAAGGAAAGCCCACACUUUGUUACCAUGGAAAGCAGGUCAGUGCACCUCAGUACAUUGGUCCAGGAAGCCCAGCAACGAGUUACUGAACUGUCUGCACAGGUGGUGAAUGAAGGCCUGGGUACAGACAGCACAGAAAAGGAGAAACAACUAAAAGCAUGGGAAUGGAGAUACAGGCUGUACAAACGCAUGAAAGCAGGCUACCAGCAUGCUAGAGCCCCUGAGGCGCCAACCAAUGUCUGUCUCAUGGUAACAAGCAGUACAUCACUCACUGUCACCUUCCAAGAACCUCUGAGUGUCAACUCAGCUGUGGUGACCAAGUAUAAAGUGGAAUGGAGCUCUUCAGAAGACUUUUCUCCUUUGGUUGGUGAAAUAAUCAUGGAUAAUCUUCAGUCUUUGAGGUGCACCAUUUCAGGUCUCAGAACUGGCCAGAGGUUUUAUGUCCGUGUUUCAGCUUACAACAUGAGAGGAUGGGGACCUCCACGCAAAUCUACUCCUGCAUCUGCUUGUCCUUCAAACUGGAAAGACUACAGUGGAAGAGAACCUCGGCACAGGGGACACACUGAGGCCCUGGAACGUCUCCUGCACCAGGUUCGAGCAGCUCAUCAACAUUACAAUUGCAGAGAAAGUUCUAAAUUACAGAAUGCUGGUCGCAAGCAAUCAGUUUCCAGGAGCUUGAAGCACCUCUUCCAUUCAUCAAACAAGUUUGUGAAGACUCUGAAAAGGGGACUCUACUUAUCUGUUAUAUUUUUCUACAAAGACAAUUUAUUAGUAACCAAUGAAGAUCAAAUCCCAAUUGUGGAAAUCGAUGACUCUCACACUAGUUCAGUUAUGCAGGAUUUCCUGUGGUUCACAAAGUUGUCUUGCAUGUGGGAUGAUAUCAGAUGGCUGAGGCAGAAUAUGUCUAUAUCUGUGUCCUCAUCAACAGCACUUCAAGCCAGGCAAAAGAUGCUUUCAGCAGCAGCCCAGCUGCAGAAUUUGCUGGGAACUCACAAUUUAGGCAGAGUUUUUUAUGAACCAAUCAAGGAUCGACAUGGCAACCUGCUGAUAGUCACUAUAAGAGAAGUGGAGAGUCUUUAUUCUUUUUUUAAUGGCAAAUGGAUGCAGGUAUCCAAACUACAAAGCCAGAGGAAAUCCCUUUCGACUCCAGAGGAGCCAACAGCACUAGACAUCUUGCUUAUAACAAUCCAGGACGUACUUUCCUAUCACAAACGAAGUCAGCAGCGUCUCCCUCCUGGCUUAUAUCUGGGUUACCUUAAACUCUGCAGUUCUGUGGAUCAAAUUAAAGUGCUUGUGUUACAGAAGUUGCCUAAUGUCCUGUGUCAUGUUAAAAUCCGAGACAACAGCAAUGUCUCCAAAGAUGAGUGGGAAUGGAUCCAAACACUUUCUGGCUCAGAAUCUGUGGAAAGUAUGGAUCAUACUUCAGACUGCCCUACUCAAUUGUUCUUGUAUGAGCUCCAGAUGGCAGUGAAAGCUCUCAUUAAACAGAUCAAUCUACCUCUGCAUCAGGCUAAGCACUUCCGUCUGUAUACACAGGAGGUGUUGGAACUGGGUCACAAUGUCUCCUUUCUUCUCCUGCUCCCCGCCUCAGACGACGUCUGCACUGCCCCAGGACAGAAUAAUCCUUACACCCCACACUCAGGAUUUCUUAACCUCCCUCUUCAGAUGUUUGAACUCGUUCAUUUUUGCUGUUACAAGGAAAAAUUUAUAAGCCUGUAUUGCCGCCUUUCUGCUGUCAUAGAGCUGGACUCUCUGAAAACCCAGCAGUCCCUAAGGGAAGCAAUUUCAGACAGUGAAGUCGCUGCAGCCAAACAAAGGCACCAGCAAGUUGUAGACUACAUCCAGCAAAUUGAUGAGAUCUGGAGGGAAAUGCGAUGGAUCACUGAAGCACUGCAGUAUGCAAGAUACAAGCAGCCAGCACCUGGCCUACCCAUAGAGAAGCUUGUGGAUCUUUCAGAACACUCUCAAAAGAAAUUCAGUUCAACCUCUUCACAUCUAGAUUGUCUUCCUUCACCUCCCCCUUCACCUGAGGCAAGAACCCAGAGAAGAAAAGCUGUGAGUGAUUCCCAGCCCUGCUCAGAUGAAGAAGGCUGCUCUGAAGUAUUCCUCCCAACUGACAGUGACUAUGACUCCAGUGAUGCAUUAAGCCCCAGAGAAUUAGACCUGAUUUACUCCUCCUCACAGGACAUAUCACAGCAGGUGAGCAGUGGUCUGGGUGGCAGUGCACCUGAUGUUCUCCAGGUCCAUGACAUGAAGCCUUGCCUAACGUUGCAAGAAGGCCCAACGGAGUGUAGUGCCUUUGAUACCAAUGCUGAAUAUUGCACAGAGUACAUGAACGAUCUGACACUGUCAGAGCUUACAUCAAAAAGCAUAGACAAGUCCUCUAGCUCCAAGCAGCCCUUGAGCUUUUUAGGGAAAAAAAAGCUUGGGAAACAUCAACAUUACAACUACUUCAGCCGCCACCAUCGCUGGCUGCGUGUGCACAGCGAGACACAGGCUGGGUCUCUGUCUGAAGGUGUUUAUACUCAGCAUCUCACGAGAUCUUCAGAUUUGUCUCCAGAAUCUACCUCCAGUGAGCAGUUAGAGCUUCCUAUUAAUGGGUCUCGGAGCACUUUCUUACCUCAUGCAUCCAGCCUUCCAGAAGAUGGGAAAGGCAAGUAUGAGGAAUCAAGGCAGAAUGAGCACAGGAUACGUGUGGAGCCUUACAAAACAACACUUCUGAGUGAAGAGGUCAAGUCUUGGGCAACCAGCACACAGUCUGAAGAAUGUAAGGAUGUGCCUGGUGCUAUGCAACAGGUAAUGAGUCCGGAUGACCAGUUGGGUUCUGCUGCCUCAGAAGUCUUCAGCAGCACACUUUAA